AUGGAGUCGCUCGAGGCCAUUAAUGCGGCUGCGGCUUAUUUGCUGGCACAGACUGAGGUCACUACAGAGCAAGUGGCCUCGAUAGCUCAGCGACUGCUGCAUGUGAGGAAUCCUGCCACGCUGGGAGCCUAUGUGCGAGUACAGGCAGCUCUGUACCCCGUUACCCAGGAGUGCCCGGAUGUGGUGAGACUUCUUGUGGCUCAUGUGAACUCAGCCUUUGAGGGAGCGCCUUUCCUGGCUAUUAGAGUGCAGACCUCAGGAAGCGAAGGACCUCAUAAGGACGGACAGAACUCGCAUUUGCCGUCCCUUGUGUGCAACCUGUCUCCUGGGACACCAGGGGGGACGUGGACUGAGGAUCCGGAUGGCAAGCUUUUCAUGCGAUGCCCUGAUGGGGUGAUGAGACUAGGUCGUUUGCUUAUGGGGACUCAUUAUCGCUUGAGUGCGAGGACCUUAUGGCAUGCUGCCAUUCCUUGCGAACUGCGGCAGCGGCUGAUGCUCAUUGCCUGGGUGCCUGCUGGAUGGAUAAACUUGCGUGAGAACGAUCUUCAUACUCUACAGGGGUAUGGGUUCUCUGUUCCUACGGCUGCGCAAGAAGAGAGGAGUGCUCUGUCAGUCUGGAGAGGGCAUGGCUCAGUUCAAUCCAGUCUUGAUGAAGCCCUACGAUUGCCUGCUCUCACGUGGUCCAGUGGCAAGCUCAAGCAUGCAAGUUCGGUAUGCAUUUGCCUCUCUUCUGAUGAAGAGUCGGACGACGCAUAG